UCCCCAUCUCUGGCCAUCCGGAAGGGGGUUUUCUGAUGUAAUUUUCUUUCGCCCAUUUUGUUUCCAAAUCUUUCCCCUUCGGGAGGGAUUUGGUAAUCUGUUGCGUCUUGAUUUCGUGCGACCAAUUACCAACUCAGAGGGAGAGAGAAAACUCAGAGGAAACUCAGAGGGAGAGGGAGAGGGAGAGAGAGGGAAGAGAAAAAUCAAAGUGAACAAGCUCAGAAUUGUCUACUGGACUGUGAUAUGGAUGAAAUGAAUGCUGAUAGUGUGAAAACUUCACCUGCAGACCACCUCCAACAGUGGAGCCAGUGGCAACUAAUAGAUUCCAUUCUUCCUACAGGCGGUUUUGCUCAUUCUUAUGGUCUUGAGGCUGCUGUCCAAGCUCGCUUUGUGGUGGGCCCUGAAGAUUUGAAGUUCUACAUUAUCCAAGUCUUGGAGAACACCGGCAGCCUACUUCUUCCAUAUGUAUAUUGUGCAAACAAGUUUCCUGAUGUUGAAACCUGGUUUAACCUAGAUAGAUUGCUUGAGGCAACACUGACUAAUGAGGUUAGUAGAAAAGCAUCAGCAUCUCAAGGAUCAGCACUUUUGAGAGUGGCCGCAUCUGUAUAUGUGGAGAUUCCAUCUCUUAAAAAGAUGCGGGAUACUUACCUGGGUUCAGGUGCUGCUACUUUCCACCAUGCACCGAUAUUUGGGCUCAUAUGUGGUCUUCUUGGUUUUGAUAGCAGUACUUCACAGCGGGCCUACAUGUUCAUAACAAUGAGAGAUGUUAUUUCUGCUGCAACAAGGCUGAAUCUGAUAGGGCCUCUUGGUGCAUCAGCAUUGCAGCACCAAAUUGCUCAUGUUGCUGAAGAGAUGACAAAGAAAUGGAUGGAUCACCCUGUUGAGGAAGCAUGCCAGACUUCUCCUUUGGUUGAUAUCGUGCAGGGUUGUCAUGGAUACCUGUUUUCAAGAUUAUUCUGCUCUUGAUAAGUUGGCAUGGUUGUCUAUUCAUGUCUUGUUCAUUCAUAAAAGCUUUCCCUGCUUUCUUUUUAUUACCUUUUUUUCUUCUAAGGUGGGGAGUUUUCAUGUAAGUCAACUAGGGUUGUGCGUUUUCUGGAAUGUCAUAAAUUUUAUCAGUUUCCAUGAUGCAUAUUCAGAUGUAUUCAUCUUGCUGAGUGAGUGAAUCUGAUACUUGGCUCUAUCA